AUGGGAGGGACUUUUUGGGACUUUUUCCUACCCUGCCCCCGCAUCGCAUCGCCCUCCCGCUCGCGUCUCCCACCUCGCCCGCCGCCGCCGCCGCCGCCGCCAGUUCCCUCGCCCGCCGCCGCCGCCGCCGCCAGUUCCCUCGCGCCCCCACCAGCCGCCGCCGCCAGUUCCCUCGGCUCUGCCCAGGCAGCGCCCGCGCCGCCGCAGCCUACCGCUCCUCGGCGGCGGCCUCCUCCUCCUCCGACGUCUACGCGCGCAACGCCGCCGCCGUCGGCGGCCUCCUCUCCGACCUGCGGUCCCGCGUCUCCCAGGUGCGUGUGCGCCGCCGGUCUCUCUCUCCCUUCCUUGACCCGACCCCUUCCUCUCCUUGACGAAACGGGAGGCCCUGCAGGUGCUGGGCGGCGGAGGCGCGGGGGCGGUGAAGCGGAACGAAGGGCGGGGAAGCUGCUCCCCAAGGACAACAUAGUCUUUUUACAUGUCAUUUAA